UCACGUAACUCUCUCUUGCGGCCAAUCUUCUUCUCCUCCGACCUCUCUCCGGCGAACUCUCCGAUCUCCUCAUGGCGACCUCUCCGAUCUCUCUCUCCGGUGACCUCUCUCUCCGGUGAACUCUCUCUCAGACUAUCUCUCUCAGGCGCUCUUUCUCUUUCUCUCUCCUUCUCCGGCUCGCUCUUUCUCAGUCUCUCUCUCCGGCUCUCUCUCUCUCAGGGGCUCUCUCUCUCCGGUUCUCUCUCUCUCAGGCGCUCUCUCUCUCUCUCUAUCUCAGGUGCUCUUUCUCUCUCAGUCUCUCUCUCUCUCUCAGGCUCUCUCUCUCUCUCAGGCUCUCUCUCUCUCUCAAGCGCUUUCUCUCUCUCAGGCUCUCUCUCUCAAGCGCUUUCUCUCUCUCUCAGGCUCUCUCUCUCUCAGGCUCCGGCGACCUCUCUCUCUCAGCCUCUCUCUAUGACUCUCUCUCUCUCUCUCUCAGGCGCUCUCUCUCUCUCUCCGGCAACCUCUCUAUCAGGCUCUCUCUCUCUCUCAGGUAAGAGUUUCUAGGAUCUCUGUAAUCUAUAUCCUAUAAGUUAUGUUGUGGGUUUUGUUUGUCAUGUUGUUAGUUGUGUUCAUGUAAUACUUUUGCAAUGUGUAUGCUGAUAGCUGUGUUCAUGGGUUUAUGUUUACAGUCUGAGUAGUCUUUGGCCCUGGAACUGGAAAGAAAACAGAUGGUUAAUGGGUUCAUGGGUAUGCUGUUAGCUGUGUUCAUGGGUUUAUGUUUACAGUCUGAGUAGUCUUUGGCCCUGGAACUGGAAAGAAAACAGAUGGUUAAUGGGUUCAUAGGUAUGCUGUUAGCUGUGUUCAUGGGUUUAUGUUUACAGUCUGACUAGUCUUUGGUCCUGGAACUGGAAAGAAAACAGAUGGUUAAUGGGUUCAUGGGUAUGCUGUUAGCUGUGUUCAUGGGUUUAUGUUUACAGUCUGACUAGUCUUUGGUCCUGGAACUAGAAAGAAAACAGAUGGUUAAUGGUUCAUGGGUAUGCUGUUAGCUGUGUUCAUGGGUUCAUGGGUUUGCUUACUCUUAUGUUUAAAGUUUACUUUGAAGAUAGUUGCAGAACCUUUGAAGAGAAACAAUGACAUCCAUCCCUGGAACUGAUAAUCUUACAUGGAGUGACGAACAAACACGCUUCUUUCUUCAACUAAGACUUGAUGAUAAUCUGAAAGGAAACAUAAGAAAACAGAUGGUUAAUGAGGCUGGGAGACAGGCGAUAAUAGAUAAGUUCUAUGAGGCAUUUGGUGUAAAAAUUCCAUGGAGAAAAUUUGGGAUAAAGUACAAUACUUGCAAGAAGCAGUAUGAGUCUUUUAAGAAGUUGACUCGGAACAGAACGGGGCUUGGUUUUGAUUCAACCGGAUUCAUCAACAUGAGUGAGGACUGGUGGAAUGAGCGAUGCAAGGAGUGGCCAGGUGCUAGAAAAUUUAAAGACAAGCCGAUAGCAAAUAUGGAUUUGAUGGAGAAGGUAUUUGGGACAGUUUAUAUUAGUGGAGGUGAAGGUUGGUCUGCUCAGCAAGGUGAAGAUGUUUUAGACACAAAGCACUCAGAUCAUGAUGAUGAGAUUGAUGGUGAGGAUGAUGCUGAGUCAAGACGUGAUAUUCCUACUGAAGAAGCUGUUGGAGCUGAAUCAAGGCGUGGUGUCCCUACUCAAGAAACUGAUGUUGCAUCUGAAUCAAGAAAUUUUGGAUCAAAGAAUGUUGGCCCCUCUUCUUCUAGGUCAAAGGUUAAUAAGAAAAGAUCAAGGAUUGUAAAAGCAGGACAAGCUGUGGCUGAUGUGAUUAGGGAGAGUGUUGAGUCUAGAGACAAGAUUCUUUCCCACAAGAAUCAUCUAAUAGAGAAUCAUCCCGAGUUUAGUUGUAGUCAACUUCGAGCCAUGGAGGUUCUUCACUCCUUGUCUGCUGUAAGGAUGUGGUCUCCUCUCUACAAAGCUUCAAUUAACCACCUCAAAGAAGAUGCUGCGAAUCGUCAGACUUUCUUGUUUUAUGGAGAUGAUGAGAACAGGGUUCUUUAUUUGGAGUUUGCAACUGGUGAAAGCAGAGAUCAUUGAGGAGUUGUUUAUGUUUUAUGUCUAUGUCUUAGUUUAGUAUGAACUCUAGAAUGAAUCAUGUUUUAGUGACUGUUUAUGACAAUAUUUUUAUGAGUUUCACCCUA